AUGACAGAUUUUUCGGACGUUGUUGUUGUUAGCUCGGAAGAAGAGUCAGAUUCAAAGCUAGCGGGAAGCGAACGAUCCAACUCCGAAGCAGCUGGACCGUUCAAACGGUUGAAUGUCCUUUUACGUGCUGGGCACAACGAUCCUAGGAUGCUACUUGUCCGCCUAUUUGGGAUCGAGGAGAGCUCUUUACCUAACGAUCCACUGCAACUCUGGGGAUUACUGCUCACUUUAUUAGCUGAACCAACUCCCCGCCGUCGAUUGCGUCGCAUAAACACGCUUGAUAAAGUGAUAGAAUUGUUGAAUACUUGCAAAUCAAUCCUGGUUGUCACUGGGGCUGGAAUUUCUGUUUCAUGCGGCAUCCCUGACUUCCGUUCACGUGAUGGUGUUUAUGCUCGUCUUUCUAAAGACUAUCCCGAUCUAUCCAGUCCACAAGCAAUGUUCGAUAUGGCUUAUUUUGUACAGAAUCCGUCUCCAUUUUUCAAGUUUGCUAAAGUGAGUUUUUUUUUUAUAGAUACUCUUUCAUAA